AUGUCUUCUAAACGCAAAAAUUAUGAGCAUAAAUCGCGUAUGUCACAAUAUGUACAAAAAAUUAAUUUAAAUAAUACUAAUAGAAAGACAAGAAAGAAACCUCCAAAGCUUUGUCCAGAAUGUAAAGAAACAAAUAAUUGUGUUAAAACAUUUGCCGGUAAAAUUAAUAAAAUUGAAGAAGUUGUUGAUAAUUAUUACAAAAACACUCCAAAGAAGAAUACCGUAAAGUUUUCUAUGUUCAAUGCUAAAUUUACAAUCAAUGAAGUUCCAUGCGAAAUUGAAUAUGAUUUAUCAUGUUUCACUUUUGAUGAAUUGCAAAAUUUAGUAAAAUUAACCACCAAUGAUUUUAAUAAAAACAAAAUUUCUAAUAAAAAUGAUUAA